UCCCUCCCUCCCCGGGACAGCCGAGCAGCAGGGCGAUGUCCUCCUCCGGCGGCCACCAGCACAGCAAGAGCCGCGCCAUCCCCACCCGCACGGUGCCCAUCAGCGACUCGUCGCAGCUACCUCAUGACUAUUGCACCACGCCCGGGGGGACCCUCUUCUCCACCACGCCCGGAGGUACCCGAAUCAUUUAUGACCGCAAAUUUCUGUUAGACCGUCGCAAUUCUCCCAUGGCUCAGACUCCUCCUUGCCACCUUCCAAACAUCCCAGGAGUUACCAGCCCUGGUACUAUGACUGAGGAUUCCAAAGUGGAAGUAAACAAUCUGAACAAUCAUGAUGGGAAGCCUAUCAUAGGUGAUGAUGCUCAGUUUGAGAUGGACAUCUGAUCUUCCUUGAGGGUAACCAUGGAGAGACACCAACUCCUGACAACCUGCUCACACCUGAUUUGGCCAACAGGAUCAACAACUGAAGGAUGGAAGAAGCAGAUGCUGUUUCCACUAGAAUCCCACUUCAGCUUUUGAAGUGCCAAAGGAUAAGAGGACUGUUUUCCCCUCU